AUGCACACGUUGUUAUUUUUUCUUUAUAUAAUACGAAGAAAAAGGCGUUUUUUAUUCACUUUUGUGAAACCUAAAAAAGUAUACCUUUUUAUUAAUAAAUUUGAAAAACAAACCCAAAAUUUUACACAUUUUGUAAAUGAAACAAACAAUAACUUCUCUUAUCAUUUCAAAUAUUAUUACUCGAUCAAGACUUCGAAGUCAAAAAAUGAAAUGUCCAUAAAAUUAACGUCCAAAGAAGUAAUUUUAAAGACUACCAAACAACAAAUUAUCGUCAUCCUCUAUCGAAUCUACUAUAUAAAAAGUUCAGGUGUUUACUUUUUAUAUCAAAUGAAUUGUUAUAAGAUAGUAAUGCUAGGGAGUGGUUCUGUUGGAAAGAGUGCAAUUACGGUUCAAUUUAUAUCGGGAGCUUUUAUAGCAGUGUAUGAUCCCACAAUCGAAGAUUUUUAUCGAACAAGUGUUAUAAUAAAAAACGAAUCUAUUCUCAUUGAUGUUGUCGAUACUGCUGGUCAAGAUGAGUACAAAAGUUUGAGAGAUCAAUAUAUGCAAACUGGUGAUGGAUUUGUUGUGGUUUAUUCGAUAUCUUCUGAGAACUCCUUCAUUGAAGCCAACAAAAUCUACCAGAGUUUAUUUACACUAGCAAAUAAGGAUAUUAACAAAGACCAUAUUCCAAUAGUUCUUUGUGGUAAUAAAUGUGACUUACAUAUUAAAGAAAGACAAAUAUCAAUCGAACAAGGAGCUUCUUUAGCAGAAUCUUUGGGUACUCUAUUUUUCGAGACAUCUGCUAAACUAGGUAUAAAUGUAAAAGAAGCAUUCACUUCUUUGGUACAAGACAUAAGAGCACAUCUUCCCAACCCAAAUGUACAGAUGCUAAAUGAAACCAAAUCAAAGUCUUCAAGACAAAGAAAAUUUAGAUGUAAUUUGUUUUAA